AUGAAGCCGCCUGCCACUCAGGGCAGCACAGCAGCUGCCACCGCCGCAGCCCCGGCCCUGGACUCGGCGGCCGCCGCGGACCUGACCGACGCGCUGUGCGAGUUUGAUGCGGUGCUGGCGGACUUCUCGUCGCCCUUCCACGAGCGCCACUUCCACUACGAGGAGCACCUGGAGCGCAUGAAGCGACGCAGCAGCGCCAGCGUCAGCGACAGCAGUGGCUUCAGUGACUCGGAGAGUGCAGAUUCACUCUGUAGAAACAGCUUCAGCUUCAGCGACGAGAAGCUGAAUUCUCCAACAGACUCCACCCCCGCCCUGCUCUCUCCUGCCGUCAUGCCUCGGAAGGCCAAACUAGGAGACACGAAAGAAUUAGAAGACUUUAUUGCUGAUCUUGACAGAACAUUAGCAAGUGAGUAUGUGAAACAAGGAAGGGCUCUGGGUCCUUUCUCUUCUAAGGCAGAAGCUUCUGAAAGCUCUGAGGACCUGGUAAAACCAACUACUGGAAUCUGCUGCAAAAUGGACAGAGAUGAGACUCGGCUGCCCACAAGCCCUCAGACGAGCUUGCCUGUGGAUCAUCUCUGGACACAUUAG